AUGUCAUCUAUUUGUUGCGAUAAACAAGCGGUGCCAGGCUAUCGGAACAAAACUUGGUCUAUGCUGUAUGCUGAAAGAUUGAAGAAUCUAGGAAGGUUCUCAAUUUAUCUCAACGUUGACAGGAUUCAGAACGAGACUGGUUACAGCAAUAUCAGAGUUCAAGUAGAUACCAGUUCCGUCAGCAUCACUACAGGAAGAGGCCGCGGCCGAGAAUGGACUUGGAAACUGGGCAUCCCAGAUGUUACAUUCCAUCCAGCCUCAUGCCGAGGGCUGAAAUGUUCCCAAAAUGGAGAAUUGCAUUGUACCUUUCAGACAACAUUACCUAACCUUCUGUUGUCUCCAACGCGUACUCCAUCUGUUUCCAAUACUCUCCAGUCCCAUAUGGUUGACUCUUUGCUACUACAUCAGGACAGGUGUUCUUGUCGUUUUUGUGGAAAGAAAAUACUACCUACAAACAAGAAAUUUCAACGGGUUCUUCCACUACCAUCAGAAGCAUGGAUGGAAAUGUCUGGUAACCAUUUUUGUCAUAAACCUGAUAUGUCAAGAAUGAAUACCAGACGGCAACAUAUUAACAGUAAGGGUCUACUGUUACCCAAAAUUGGAGACUGUUUGGUUGGUGACCUUUAUUUCUUAGUCAAUUCUCUUGAUGUUGACCUUGGUGCUCUUACUGUAGAGCAUAAAACUGCUCAGAUAUUAUGCAAAAGAUGCAGAACUGAGUUGGGUGCCAUCAUAAAGCAGACUGAAGAUGUAUCAGAAUCUGAUGCUGAGAAAUUUGUGUGUAAGAUUUAUUCUUACAGCAUCAACUUGCAGCCUCUGAUGGAUGAGACAGGAGAACCUCUCAGUUGUAUUAAUAGAUGGACAUUCACAGAAGAGUCUUACUUGGCCAAUUAUCUUACUGAACAGAGUCGGACUUUCACAAGUUUUAAAUUUAUAAUUGAAUCUUCAAAGACUGAAAAUCAACCUACAAUGACAUGUCUGGUGUGGUUGUUGGAUAUGAUCCAAGUCUAUGAAUUAAGUGAUAUUCCAACUGCUGCUGAACACAAACAUGUGCAUGAAUUAUCAUUGGAGCCAGAAGUGCGACAGAAAAUAUUGUACAGAGCAAAAAUUAAUGGCCUUCCUAGGGCAUCAUCAAAACAAAAUAAUGUUGGUGAUGAAGUAUUUAAUUUGUGGUUGAACGAUUCUUCAGUCAUGCCCCUGACUUUAUCAUCUAGACUCACUGCUUCUCUCAUUCAACUUUUGGCAUACAGCACUAACUCACUUCCGCUGUCUUGCCGGAGAAUCAACGAAUUUCAUGUUGGUUUCCUGCGUCCUCCUUAG